CCCAUCGUGCCCUUCGCAGGGCGGACAGCGCUUCCUUGUCGAGAUGGCGGCUCCCUUGACUCUGCUGUUGGUUUUAGCUGUUACGAUCCGGGCGGCUCUGUUCAGAUCCAGCUUGGCGGAGCUGAUCGCGGAGAGGGUGGAGGUGGUGUCUCCGAUCACCGCCUGGAAGAGAGUGGUUGAAGGUUUGGCUCUGCUCGACUUGGGAGUUUCACCGUAUUCUGGAGAUGUUUUCCAUGAGACUCCCCUCAUCAUUUACCUCUUUCACUUUGUGGUGGACUAUGCAGAGAUCACAUUUAUGUUGGCUGAUGUGAUCACUGCUGUGGCUCUCUACAUGGCCGUCAAGGACUACAACAAACAGGUGUUCAGAAAGCAGAAGUUUGCCUUGGAGGCAGACCGCUAUCCUCUGGACUGUCUGGAGCUCAUCAGAAGCCCCAAAGAAAUGUACUACAUCCCUCUGAAAGUAGCCAUGUUUUACCUGUUGAACCCGUUCACCAUCCUGUCCUGUGUUGCCAAGUCGACAUGCGGCUUGAACAACGCUGUCGUCGCCCUGUUCAUCUUCUCUACCAUAAAGGGAAACACUCUGCUGAGUGCCAUAUUUCUGUGCUUGGCCACCUAUCAGUCCAUCUAUCCUCUGACUCUGUGCGCUCCAGCAAUGCUGUAUUUGAUGCAGCGUCAGUACAUCCCAGUGAAUUUUCGGCGAGCCAGCUUCUGGUGGUUCAUCGCUCAGUACCUCUUCAUGUACCUCGGCAGCCUGUUUGUCCUCAUCUGUCUCUCAUUUUUUCUUCUCGGCUCCUGGGACUACAUGCCGUCUGUCUACGGCUUCAUUCUCUCUGUUCCUGACUUGACCCCGAACAUCGGCCUCUUCUGGUAUUUCUUCGCUGAGAUGUUUGAACAUUUCCGCCUCUUCUUCCUCUGCGUCUUCCAGAUCAAUGUUUUCUUCUACACCAUCCCCCUGUCCGUCAAACUCAAGGAGCAUCCUGUGUUUCUGAUCUUCAUGCAGUUAGCUGUGAUCUCCAUCUUUAAGUCGUACCCCACAGUGGGAGACAUCGCACUCUACAUGGCCUUCCUCCCUGUCUGGAGUCAUCUGUACAGAUUCUUGAGGAACACCUUCCUGGUGUCCUGCGUCCUGCUGGCCUGUUCCACUCUGUUCCCCGUCCUCUGGCACCUCUGGAUCUACGCCGGCAGCGCCAACUCCAACUUCUACUACGCUAUAACUCUGCUGUUCAAUGUGGCGCAGAUCCUGUUGGUGUCUGAUUAUUUCUAUGCCUUCCUGAGGAGGGAACACCAUCUUACCUACGGACUGUAUCUGAAGAGGAAGGACGGGUCCGAGGCGACGCUCGUCCUGAAAUAAAACGCUCCCGUCCCGCCUCUGCAGGGAGGAGGAAACUGCUCAAACAAACACCAAGUGAGGAGGAUAAAACACUCUCUGAUCCUCAAACCGAUCAAAAGCACACAUGCAGACAGUGUGUACGGUACAGCGUCAUAUGCAAACAACAGAACUGCAACAAACUACAUGACUGACAUAUGUGGGAUGUAUAGCUCCGUCUCUUCUGGAGUGCUCUUAUUUUGAAGCCUCAUUCCACCUGGAACCUACCUGUGACGGUGGCUUUUAUUUUGAAGGUUUUUUCCUCCUAUCAGCCACUCUGGAUGAAUUUUAUUUUGUUUAUCCGGCAGUUCCUGCUUUUACUACGAAGAACCAACUUCCAAUACAGAAUAAAACGUCCCAAAGGGGUAGGCUUUUAUUUUGAAGACUUGUGUAAACACCAAGAGGAGUUACAAAAAUGUGGGAAUCUGACAUUAAUUUGAUCAUUCCUGAUUCCCAGCUCACCCACACACACUAUUUUGUGUUGUUUUCUGUUUACCUGUUAACAUCUGUGUGAGGGGAAAAGCAAGAAGAAGAUUUGAAAGCAUUCUCUUCCCCACUGUUUUCUAUUUUAUUUCUGAUUAACAAAUCCUGCAUGGUCAGUGUUGCAUCUCAUCUCAAGUAGAAACCAGUCAGACCUCGUACCUGGUACAAAUUUACUACUAGAGAUUGUGAUCUUUUCAGCUGCCUCAAAACUGAAGUCACUAAAACCUCCAACAUGACUUGGAUUCAUAACUAACAGAUCUUACUGCUAACAGAGAGGAGAGCAAAGACAACAGUGAAUGUGUUUUAACAACUGCAGCAUCUGGAGACAGGAAACGGAUAAAUAUCACCAUCGUUAUAAUUAAUGACCACAUUAAUGUUAUCUAGUCCCAUUUUAAUCCUGUAGAAUCCACCAAAUGAAUCAGUAAUGAGGGAAGUUUUAUAGCUUCCUCUGUUUUUUUGCAUGUAAUCAGUGAAUUCUUUGUUAACUCUAGCUAAUUUUCACAUUUAAAAUGAAUCAUUAUCAUUGCAUGUGCUUAGAGGCAUUUUAGGAUGUGAGGCGGAUCAACAGCUUAAAGACUAGUGUAGAAUUUUUAGGAAAUAUUCGCCUUCUUGCUGAGAAUGAGAUAAAAAAAAAAACUAUGAUGUCUGUGUGGAAAAUACAAAGCUACAGCCAGGAAGUUAGCUUAGCAUAAAGACUGGAAACAAAGCCCCAGUGCACAGACACUACUGAGUGGACUAAACCAGUUAGUUCUAACAUGUUAACUGGUGACUUUUAGAGGUGCUGGUAGGUAGAGUUUAGCUGUUUGCCCCCAUUUCCUGACUUUAUGCUAAGCUAAGCUAACCGUCUCCUCUGCAGUCACUGUAUAGACAACUCUCCAGCACAGACUAAAUGUCUGUAUUUCUAAACUUUAAAGCUUAUUAGACUCUUAGUGUCCAAAAUCCACUCUACACACUAAUGGAGAAUUUACUCCAGACUAAAAUCACUGUUUUAGCUGUAAGGGUCUGAAAAAUGAACACAUUUGGAAAUUAUCCAACACGCGCAGACCUUUUUUAUGGGAGGCAUUUUGACUUGCUACAGGUGUGAAAGCAGAGAUGUAAUUAACAAGUUCCUUAAGAGUCCCAGUAAGCUGAACCAGCAUAAACAAAAGCAGGACGGCUGUGCUUUCCCUGCUCAGAUGAGUCUAAAUGUUUCCCUCUAAUAAACGAUUGCAGCAGCAGAGUUCCAUUAUCAUUCAUUCACAGUCGAGAUUGUACCAGCCCAAUUCUUUUUUCAUCCAACAUCUAUUUAGCUGCAAAAUACUCCAGUUUGUUCACCAGUUGGUGAAAAAAGCUGCUGCCAAAAAAAAGGUCCAGAGAGUGAACUAAAAGGGUGAAGGUGAAGCUGAAUUUCACUCUAAGCUCUGUGAAGCCGGGAGGAGCUGCAGAUUAAUCUCUGAGGGUUCAUCCUUCUGAGCAAACGUUCACAUUGUUGCUUCAUACGCUGGUGAAUCAGUGAUUAGAGUCACAAAAUGUCUUUCUUGACUUCUGAUUUGUUUUGUUCUCAGAUGUCCACUAGCAGCAGAACUCACUCCACUCUAAAGAUAGUUCAAUUAGUCUUCAACUACUGAACUAGUCAUCACAUAUUUUGAUUACUGAGUCAUCAGAUUGGAUCACUGCUUUUUUUUUUUUAAAGAAAAGCCUCUUAAAUCUGAAUAUUUUCUUGUUUUUUUACCUCUAUGGCAAUGAACUGAAUAUCUUUGGUUGGUGGACAAAGCAAGAGAUCUGAGGUGGUCGUCUUGGGCUUUGAGAAACACUAUUUUAUGACAUUUUAUAGACUAAACAACUAAUGAACUACUACAGAAAAUGAUCAACAGAUGAAUUGAUGAUGAAAAUAAUCAGAAACAGUUUGUAUUGUGGAACUGAGGCAUGAAAUCACUCAUGUUAUUUCCUUCUUUUAGCAUUUGAUUUUCCUCCUUUCUUUAUCAGGAAAGCAGAAAACGUCUGACUGUAAUUUCAUCCUGACAUGCUACAACAUUUCUGCUUUCAGUAGAGGUCACUGAGCGUGGACUGAAUUCACAAUCUUAAAAAGCCUUAAACAGCCUCUGAAGUGUCAGGAAAGGACUGAAAGAUGAACUUUUCAAAAAUAUUUUACUCUAUAUUAUGAAGACAGCAGAUUAAAAAAGUUACGGUUUUAGUUACUUUCAGAUGUGAAAAAAUCAAACGUUUCUAACUGCAAUAAAUGGAUUUUCAUGUGAAAUGAAAAAUAUCUCUGCUUACUGUCCAGUUACAUGAGAAUAUUAAGUGACAACAUAAAACAAAGUCUGUUGUUGAACUCCUCACCUGUUAAGGCGGGAACAGCGGCCAUUUUGAUACCAAUGCGUGAGAAAUAAUUUGUGAUAUUUAUUUAUUUGCUGCACUGAAAACUUUGCAAAGAGAUUUAUUAUUUUCUUUAUUUUUGAAAAGAAGGGGGACUUGAGUUCUUUUGAUACUGUUGUAUAUAUAUUCCUUUGUUUGAUUCAGGGUUUGACAGGGCUGAUAUGUUUGAUGAAUGAGUGAACAUGUCAUAAAUGUUGAUUAAACCUGAGGUGUUGGUUCA